AUGUCGAAAUUGUUAAAGUGUUCGUCGUGUAACAUUGUGAUAAACGAAGUGUUAGCUUUUAUAUCAAAUAAAAUUGAAGUGAUGGACGAAGAAAGUCUUGGUCGUCUAUGUGUUACCGGUUUUUCGGAAAAUGAUAUAAAGCUUGCUAAGGAUCUAUUAUUUGAGUCCAUAUCAACGGCAAAAAGAAAAAAGAUAAGAAAGAGGCAGGGAAAAGCUCUUAGAGAUAUCGACGACAUUAUUUGUGUUCUCAAAGAAUUACGUCCUGAAGAAAUACCCGUUUUUGUCGCCAGAGAGUUGCACAAAUUGCCACCAGUGACAUUUGACCAUGUCGAUGUAACUCGGUUAUUAAAAGACAACUUAAAGAUGCGCUAUGAUAUAGACUAUUUAAAAGAGGAGUGUGUCUCCAAAAGGCAAUUGGAGGAGCUAAAAUUGGAGAUUGAGAAUUUGAAAAAAGCUUCCAUUGUUAACAACUUUCAAAGUAAAGUAAACUAUAAGCGAGGGGCGUGCUUAGUGGACAGUUUUGAAUAUGAUAGUGGCCCCAUGGGAUUGCCUCCAGCACAUAUUGAACAAGACAUAUCAAUAAAUCAUCAUCUUUCGUCAAAAAAUGUCUGCAGGUACCGCCCAAUAAUUGAAGGUAGUGUAGAAUCACUUACGCCAACGCAAACUAUGAACGUAUCUAAGAGCGAUGUCGACGCCGGAUCAGCUGACAAACCGGUAGCGGACCGUGAUACUUGCGAUGCAUUGAUGACUCAUGACGUCUGCUUAUCGCCCGAGCCUGCUCCGCCGCGACACACUGCCGGCCCGAACCAGACCGAUCUAUGCGAAAUAAAAACACUGACAUCGUCAGAACUUCUACCGGAGGGUGAGUCGACGUCAGAAGAGGGGAAGUGGAUACCGGUGCAAAACAGAAAGCGUAAUCGAUUUGCAGCAAAAAGAGGAAGUGCAGUGGUUGGCGAUAGCACCAACUUUAAGGCCGCCGCUACUAAGGUUGCUAUUUAUAUUUACAACGUUUCGAAGGCAACGACAAGGGAAUUGCAUUCCGACGUUUUAUCGACUUUGGUGGAAUGA